CGCCUCACCAAACCACCAAAGCUGCACCCGCGAAAGCAUAGCCAUCGCAAGAAGCUGCAAAAGCGCGUCAAAAGGAAGUCUUCAGAUAGAGUCGCUCCGCUUUCGGUUUUCGUCCUGCAGUAUGAAAAAUACCCGUACUACACGGAGCCAGGAUUGAUUCUAGGAGCGUACUCGAGCAUUGGGACCGUCACUAAUGCGGCGAUUGAACAUGGAGCUUAUGCGUUUUCGAAGGAGGGGAUGCGGGAUGGGACGGAGUAUUUGAGCCCGAGCGGGCGGAUCAAGAUUCUCAAGAGGACAAUUCAAAGGGUUGGGCCGCGAGCUCCUAUGCCCAAAGGUCGACACCCAGAAUUCCACAAGGAGCGGCCAGAUAGUACGCCUAAGCCAUCUGGUGCGGGGGAGGAACCCAAAGCACCAGUGGCCAUUGAUGGGAAAGAAGGCGUUCUCGUUGCUGUACAUAGGUCCCCAACUGGGAUCUUCUGCAUCGGCGCUUUUACGGAGAGGAAGAGGGCAUGGGGAGCGUGUUUAAAGCAUCGUUUCACACCUCCAUUCUCAGAGUUUGCGGAAGAAAACGAUGGCUGGGUAGACGAAUACCAGAUGCCGCAUGUGAGGGCAAGAGAGAUCGGUGCUGGAUGGCAUGAGUGGUUCGUGGUGCCGUAUAAGAUCGAU